GACCUAUUUAGAAAGGUUUUAAAAUUUUGAAAACCUCCCAAUUUAGCUGAAAACAUUUAUAAAGAAGCUCUUUAAAACUCAAACAGAUAGCGCAAUACGAUUUCAAAUAAGCAAACAUCGAAACUGGCUUUGUAUUAUAUUGUAUGAAGUGGUUUAUAGCUGAUGCGGAUGCCCGCUUUAUCUUGACUUACCCGGUUUUCGUGAAAAACAACUGGUAUGGUAGCACGGUCACUAUUGUAUUUUUAUCAAGGAUUGCUUAAAUAUUAUUUAUGGCUUAAAUUCCUAGAAAACUAUGUGCAAAUGUAUAGUUUCAAGUUGGUAAAAUACAAAUAAUUAGUGUAUAAAUAGAAAUUCACGGCGUACCGCUCAAAAUGGCUCCUAAUCUCGGUGGUUGGAUUCAUAGCUUCACUGUCACGGAUACACAAACUCAUAAAGGCGGUUAUACCAUUUACAAAAUUACCUCAAUUGUUUUUCCAAGGUCGUUACCACAAGCUUUAACAUGUCUCACCAUUUGGAAGCGAUUUCAUGAUAUAAAACGCUUACAUCGCGAACUUUCUCGUCGUCAUCGAGGUCUCAAAUUGCCGGGGCAACUGCCUGAACCUACAGAUUGUAGCUUUUUUAAACGUUUUGAUGCCGACAUCAUACGCCGUCGCAAGGAAUACAUUCUGCAACUCCUUGAUUUUGCAGCGCAACACCCAGCUCUCUAUAAAUGCCAUGCAUUCACACAGUUCUUUAGUGAGGCACAGCAAACUGGCGUAGGAGGUUGUGCAACUCGAGGCUUAAACACCUCAAUUAUUACGCCUAAUGCAUCCCCCUUGCGUCGUUUGCAUACGGCGAAAGACUCAAAUGGUGGAGUGUUAGCAGAUAUAUGUGAUAAGCUGGAUUUGCAUUAUGAUCCUCAUGACGUUGACGUAAACAUCACUUUGAUUGACCCUACACAAAAUAAGAUGGCACAUUUGGAAAAGCUGACAACUGUUGAUGUAAAAACAGAGAAUACAAGUGACGAUCUCAUUGAGGCAGAACCAUCAAUUGUUGAAAACGUUCGAGAGCCGAUUCUGCCAAAAGACUUGGCGGCUGAUCAAAAGACAUGCAAAGACUACACGCGAUUCUUGACACCGAUGGCUUCAAUAGAAAGUGACGAUAGUGAUUAUAUUUAUGAAGCUGCAUUGGAAUUCAGCCGGGCUGUACAAGCAGAAGCAAAUUUAGACUAUCAAGAGGCACAUGUGCGUUAUAAACGAGGCGUUGAACUGCUGUUAAUUGGGUCCAAAGAUGAUUCUAAUGACGAACGCAAAUUUAUAGCCAAAGCAAAAAUUUCAAAGUACCUUGCACGCGCGGACGACAUCUACGAUAAAUUCAUGAACGAAAGUACCAGCGAAGGAGGUUUUGGUGGUAAAAAGAACUUCCAGUUAUCCAUUGAUAUAACCGACUGUGCAAUCGAUGGUAAACCUUCCGUAUACCUCGAACGUCCCUGGAACCAUUUGGCCAAAUACAAAGUUCUAAAAGUGCUUGGAGAUAGCGUAAUGCAGGUUUAUUGCGUUACAGAACCAGAACCGCGCACAAUGUAUGUGAUGAAGGGCAUUGAGAAACCAUCCAGUAACAUGCCCACGCAAACAGUUUUUUUACCACAACAUGUACCGUUUAUGGUCGAUCUGUUGGUAUUCUUCCAAUCGGAGCAAAAAAUCUUUUUGCUGUUAAAACAUGCUGAGGGAGGAAGGCUAUUUGAUUAUGUUCAGUCAUAUACGCCCACGAUAGCGUCGAGAGCAACAAAUUAUUUCUCAGCAUUGUUCCCGGAUGAAAUGGAUGGGGAAACAUCAGUUGUGACCAAUGGAGAUCAAGUUGAACCGGAUAUCUCCAGUGGUAUUAGUGCUCAACGUUUCGGAUAUGUAGAAGAAAACAGUAUUCUACCGGUCGACUCCACCGAAUUGGCGCCUACAGAAUCGGUAGAGUUCAGUGAAUUAGUGCGCUCAUCUCAACAGCUACUAAAGUCUGUGUCCAAAACUUUGCAGCAGAGCAAGCAAUUGGAAGAUGACCCAAAGUCUGCGAAUGAAAGAGUUGAGGCUCAAAUCAAAAAUUCUACAUCGCAAACGAUCUCAUCUUCGCCUAAGAAAAAUAAUAUUAAAUUCACUAAAAUACCCGAGGCAAGUUUGAAACAAUGGGCUCGGGAACUGGCUGUUUCUAUACACAGUUUACACGGCAAAGGUGUCAUAUUAAGUGAUCUUCACAUGGAAAAUUUGCUAAUUGGUGCCAAAGGUCAGUUAUUGCUCACAUAUUUUUACCAAAACGAAGGCUUGAGUGAUGCCGACAAUUACAUUCACAAAGCAUAUAGUCCAACAGCGUUAGCUGGUCACUAUGUAGCUCCUGAGCGCCCGCUCACAUUCAAAUCGGAUUGGUGGAGUUACGGGAUUGUGCUCUACCAGUUGCUUUUGGGUCUGCCUUUUAAAUCUGCUCAUCCUGGAUGCAUAGAUUUGUAUGGUUUUGUGCAAUACCCGGAAAAUCUGGAAAUAUCGGAGUGUGCAAGGGAUUUGCUGGAAAAACUGUUACAACAGGUGCCAGAAGAACGCGCGGACUUUGAACAAAUCCAAGCACAUGAAUUUUUCGUCGGUACAGAUUGGGAGGCUGUGCGGUGUGCCGGUUUGAGUUGCAGCAAUAAUGAACGCAGUCAGUGCAAUGAAAGUGUGAUUAUUUAAGAAUGCAUACGUAGAUGAAUAGGGGUCAAUUAAGAUAGCGUGGAUGUAUGAUUAGUUGAAAUUCAUUUUGUUUAUAUAUUGUAGCAGAAGUAAGGUCUGCGCAGCCGAAUGAGUUGGCUUGCCUUGCUACCUUUAAAUUCGUUUUAUUGCGAUAAGAAUUUCACUAAAUAUUCCGCGUUUUUCUUGUUGGUGAGUAUGAGAUAUUGCAUAAACUGGUGAUUUCUGGGACUGUACGAUACGACAAGAUUAAAAAAAGAGAAAUGUCACAUUUUCGCACGCUAUAAAGAAGCGAAACUCCUUAUUACAGAUUAUUGUUGCCAUUAAAUGGAGAAAUACUUUAAAUUAAGCAAUAUUCGUUUCAUAUUUUAAUAUUUUAAUUUUGUGUUUUUUAUUUUUCUAAUAGUCAAAAGAUAUCCUAAAUAAAUUUUACCUAUUUGUUCAUUAUUAAACAUAAAAUUACAAAGUAAAGUUUGGUACAAAUGAAUGCAAAUUAAAGUAUUUACUGGAAAUUAUUUUAUUUUCGUUAUUUAAAAGUAUUACCAAAUCUAAAAUUCCUUAAUUAUUAAUUGAAUAUAAAUUAUUUAAUAGAAGAAAAAAUUAUAUCUAAUUAAAUUAGUAUCAAAGCAAAUGUAAUACGAAAUGUACAUAGAACUGAAACUUGCUCGAAAAUCGUAUUUCUUAUACAAAUAAAGAUAUUGUCAAUUUCACAACAAUUCACGUUUUACAAUAAAAAACAUAUGUUUACACCAAA